ACAUUUCUUAUCAUUUUUAAAAAGACUUGGAACUGAAAACGUACACCCUAUGGUUCUGUAUAUUUAAGCCUGCCCUGCAGCACAGAGAGCAGACCCUGAAGGAUGUAAUAGUAGGCAUAGUUCAGGGCGACAGCAGUCUGGAGGCACGGAGAUCUCAACUAGAGCUGCUGGCCGAUAGCUUUCCCUUCGAUGUCCUGGAAACAUUGAUUGAAUACCUGGAUCUCAGUACUGAGGAUCUGUCACAAGAGGCUCUGAGAAAGUGGGCCCCCAUACUUGCCUCAGAAGAAGGCAGCAGUGGCUCCACCUUCCCUUUGUUUGAAAUAUUGUGCAGAUUACUGUAUACAGAGAAACCUGAACAGCUGAUCAGCUUUGUCAAAAUGUCCCAAGCAAUUAGUGAUAGAAUUUCUGGCACAUCAGCAUUCAUGCGCCGCAAAGAAGAGCAUCAGUUCUAUGAAAGGGCGCUGGAGUGUGUGGGAGAGCCAGAAAGAUCUGGCAAGGUUGAGAGUGCCGCCAUUGCUCAAGCUUCCUUGGUGUUGAAUAGUGGUAUGCAAGCCAGCCAGGUGCAGGCUCUCCACAUACUGCUGAAGUACCAUCUCUGGGUUCCUUCCAUUAAACUGGUCCAGCAGCUGGCUGACCACAGUGACCUCCACCUUGAACUCUUCCAGCUGCUUCUAACUGCAGUACUGAAGGCUGGUGUGUUUGCCACAUACUGUACCAGUAUAAUGGAGGCUGUGCCAGAUAGAAUAAGCAUGCCAGAGUUUCUGAGCCUGCUGCAAACACACAUGAAGGGAGGCCCACUCUCCACGAAAGAAGACCACAUUUUUAGCUCAGAUGAACAGGACACCAAGAUGGGAGCAAUCAAGCCGUUCUUGCUUAAAAUGAUUGGGGACAGGUGAAUUGUAAAACAGGGAGAGGGUUUACAAAAAUUAAAAUAAAGAUGGGAUAAUUAUGAUGUACUCUCAUACUGGUUCUUUACCUUUGAAACAGAAGCUUUAAGGUUUUGGCCUUAUCACGUGACUGUCUGGGUCUAGUUGUUACUGGUGUCAUGUGGUGUAUGUGUACAAUGACUGUUAAUUACUAGUCUUGCUUGCAUGUCAUAAAUAAUUUUUCAAACAAUUUGAAAUUAUUGUACCUGAUAAACUUUAUUACUAGAUUGAAUUAUGUGACAUCCAAGUUUAAAGCAAUUAUAACCCUGGACAAACAGUAGGUGAUGGGGAUUGUAAAUCGGAAGAAAAAAUUGGCAGAGCAAAGAAAAAAUGUUGAACUAUUAUUCAAAAUAACUAUUGCAUACUUGUUAAGAACUUUGUUUGUCUUAAGAAGGUGAUGAUGCCGAUGUUGAUAGUGAUUGUAUUGUAACGAAAAACAUCUCCAAAAUAAGUUUCCAACAACCCACCUUGACUUUGAACAAUUAUUGUUAGAAUAAAAUGACAAUUUUCUAUAACAUU